AUGUCUAUGCCUUCUAGUCAAGCCACCAAACUAGGGACUCCCGAAAACAAGCUAAGCUCGCAACGUACGAGGAAUCCUCAGGAGGAGGAAGACGCCAUACCGACGGCCUUGAAUGAAGAAAUCAUCGAACGAUCUCGCAAACGCAUCGAGGGAAAUAUCAGAAUGAACAAAAUCGAAAUCCAACGCAUGCACUUAGUUGUGUCCCGGGAUGCAAAUUGGGAUGGACUUGGUCUCCCGCCAACGCAUAAGUUUUGGCAGUAUCGUAGAAUUGAAACAAAUAAUGUUAAGGCGGCAAUGGAAUUUGUGCCGAAGUGGUUGCUUUCAGAAGAAGUUCAGUGGGACCCAGACACAGAAGAGGCUAUUAUCCUAAGCCCUGGAGAACUCUACGGGGUAUCAGUCGGAUACGAUUUCAAUAUACUCGGCGCAGCAUUAAUGGAAGCACACAAACAGAAUGCCACGGCCCUCAAGCUCAAGAUUUCUGACACCCCCCUUGGUGGAGCGAUGAUUCCGACGAAGAAGACGAAGAAGAGAAAGAAAGAAGAGAAAGUCAUCACCUUAGUCGCAGAGGCUCUUAUCCAUGAGCCCUCAUAA